UGAAGCUGCUUCAGCACUGAGGAAGUUCUAUUUUAAAUAGUCUACUGAUCUAUGGCUUUUGGUAUUUUAGGACUUGCCUUCCAAGUUAUAAUAUACUGCUAUUUUUAAAACCUGAGGAAUGUUUGCUCUUCUUACACCUGCCUGUUGGAUACCACAGGCAAAAUGUUAGCUACAUGCAUUCAAAGCUCAAUGGCACCUUGAAAAACAAACAACACAAUACUCUUUGUUCCUGGAAUACAGUGUUUCUCAUUGAACUCUUCGUGUAGGAAUGCCAUGAAACCCAAAAUGGUUUAUUCAUGGGAUGCUAAACUGUAUUUUCCAUAAAAUGUAGUGUCAAUGCACUUGACAAUGUAUUUUGGUUUCUUUCUUUGUAUGACUCUUAGCUUACCACUUCUCAUCAGCCCCUCAGAAAGGAGCCCUUUUAUUUAAAAUCAUCUGCAUAGAUGACAAAAGUUGCAAACAUGCCUCUGGAGGUUCAUGUGGGCCUGUUUAAUGGGCUUUCCUUCGCAAACUGGGUUCAAAUAGAACUUCAUUAAUUUCAUUUAUCUGACAUUUAAAGUCACUAAAAAGGACCCAGAUGACCAUUGCGUUGACUGGAUUUUCUUAUUUGUUUUCAAGGCCAGAGAAGUUAUAGUUUAUCUUACCAUUGAGUUGUUCAGGUGGCUUUACUUUUUUAUGCAUCAUGUGGAGAGUGUACGCUUGAUGGGCUUUCCCCCUGAUGUUUCCCAUGUACCCAGAGAGAUCUUGGAACAUAGCAGGUACUCAGCAAAUCCUUGGUGAAUAAAUGGUCGAAGUACACUCCUCUGGGAUACAGCCCUAUGUAAUUCUAGACUGAAGUCAUAGUGGGGUUCUGGAAUAUGUCCUUAUGGUGGGUAAUGUCUGAACAUGGACCAAUUAAAAUAAUUUCUUUGCUUCAGUACUGUGCCCUCUGGUUUUAUUUAUUCAAACUGGGAGUCUGAUGUGCUGAACAAAAAUGGCUUGAGCGUUUACUCUUAAACUCAUAAAGGGAAUUUAUGAAGGGCUAUUUCCAUUUAGAGUAGAAAGUUGAUUGGGUAAUUAAUAAUGCUUCCAUUUCUGAUCCUAUCUUUUCCCCUGCACAUUUGGCAUUUACAUGUGUGGUACAAUUUUGCCGUCAGAGCUCUUGAAAUAUUUGAGGUGAACAUGUGUUUCCAAAAUAAAUGAUUUGACAAUUGAUAGGCUUAGUUUAACACAAUGGUUAUUUAUCUUUUUGUUUAUAUUGUAAUAGUAUUUUUCUCACUUUUAUCUUCCUAUCAUCAAUUCUUCUAGAAGAUUAGGCAUGAAGGAGAAUAUGAAGAGCAUGGGCUCUGGCAUCAGGGGAGAGGACUGCUUUGAGCUGUUUGAGUUGGGGCACAUCAAUUUAAUUUUCUGUGUUUUAGUUUGUUACCUCAUUUGCAAAACAACAAGUAUCUUCUGGAGUUGUUGAGGGAAAUUAAAUUGGAUAAUACACAUGUUUAUACAUAAUGUGCAUAGGUUAGUGUUGGUCCAAAGUAGGUGCUUUUAAAGUACCUAGCAAUACUAAUGAUAAGAAUUUACUGCAUUUAUUCUAUGAACCUGAAAAUAAGAAGCUGAGAGUAUUCCGCAGAAUAUAUUAAAACUUGCAGUAAUGAAGAAGAGAAGGAGCAUGGAAAGGUCAUUAGAAUUAUGACUUACUUUUAAAAAUGCCACUUAAAUACUUUUAAAUUGAAGGUUGUGGCUUAAUCAGUGCAUAAAAGGAGAUUUUUUUUAACUAUCAAAGCACUUAUAGUUGAAUGUUUUUUGUAUGUCAACUAAUAGACAUUCAUAAGUCUGUGUAUCAUUUUCCCUGGUAGAUGAGCAUGAGACCUCCUCCUGGCCUCAAGGAGUUCACUGUAAAUCUCAGGGGCGUGUCACAGACAUAUUGUAUAGGACAAGGUUCAUGUUUUAAUUGUAAAUAUGAGAGCUUUUAGAUUAUUUAGAAACAAUUGGUUGUCUUUUUAAAACCAGUUAAGUAUUCUCUAUAGUACUCUGCUCUGAUUGAGCGCUUUCCCUAUGCUAAGGCGGAGGGGUGCAUCAGGGUGUCCUUGUGGAAACUUCUGCAGAUUUUAAGUUGGUAAACCCUGAGCUUGUAAAGUUUGACUAGUCUAUGAAAAUAAGAAAUAUCCUCUAAUAAUAUUGAAAUUACCAUUUAAAUAUUUUUGGGUUGCAGGUGGAUAGUUUACUUCAUGCUACACCACAGUAAAUUGCAAGAAAAAGACUGAAGUCAUGGAACUAAAUUUUCAAAAAUGCUAAUUCAUUCUUUAGUAGCAAAGCCAGCUACCUUUCAUUGAUUGAGUAGACUACUUACCAGCGCCAGGUGUUAUGCAUUACAUACAGUUGUUUCCUUUAAUUCUUGUGAGAACCAUUGAAGGAAGGUAUUUCAUUCUCAUUUUACAAAAUGAAGAAACGAAAGCAGAUUGAGUUAAAGUGAUUUGCCUAGAACUCUGAUGGAUGGGUUUCAAACUGAAAUCUCUUGGAUUCUAAGACUCCCUUUGUUUUUCAACACUCUGUAUUUAUUUUACUUUUUAUUAGCUUUUCAUUUAGAAAUAAGUUGGCUUACAAAAUGUUGCAAAAACUAAGAAUUUCCAUACAAUCCUUUCCCACUUCCCCAAGUUACAAUAUAAGACUCAGGAGAGUAAUAUCAAAACCAUAUUAACCAAUCUACAGACAGAUUAUUCAGAUUUUGACAAAUGUCUACUGAUAACCAUUUUUCCAGUUUAAGGGCCAAUCCAGGAACCCCACCUUGUAUUUGGUUGUCAUGUCUUCAGACAAAGGGAGUCUUAGAAUCCAAGAGACUUCAGUUUGAAACCCAUCCAUCAGAGUUCUAGGCAAAUCACUGUAACUCAAUCUGCUUUUAUUUCUUCAUUUUGUAAAAUGCGAAAGAAAUACCUACCUUAAAUGGUACUUACAAGAAUUAAAGGAAAUAACUGUAUGUAAAGCAUAACACCUGGCACUGGUAGGUAUUCUACUCAACAGUUCUGCUGUCUUUUUUUGUCUUUCUGGACAGCAGUGCUUUUGAAAAGUACUGAAAAUUAGUUUUGGACUUCAUAUCUUUAUUUAUUUAUUAAAAAAGAUUUAUUUAUUUAUUUAUACAAGCACUGUGUACAGUCAGAAGUGCGGGAGGGUGAGAGAAUUCACCAGAGCCAGAGCAGGAAGCAGAGCAGACAGACUGUCGAAAUACACUGCUGAGGGGAGCAGCGGGCGGCAGGAGAGGUCUGCGCACCAUGUGGGACCCUCGCCCAGCGGCUGAGGAUGGAACCAGUGCUGCAGAGGCUGCGGGCAACUUCGCAACCCAGUGCUCAACCACUGCGCCACCGGGAGGCCCAGCUUCAUAUCUUUAAAUGCAUUGGAUUUAUGCAUGCAUUUAAUACUGAGAUAAGAAGAUUUUCCUUUAGUAUCCCAACCCAAUGGAUAAAAAUGUCAUCGCUGUAAAAAUCGUGGAGGAAAAAAGAGAUGUGUCAACAGGGAUCAUCUAUAGAAAGAGGAUUGCAAUCUGUCAGAAUGUGGUUCCAGAAAUUUUAAGGAAGGUGAGCAUUUUAAAGGUGCCUAAUAUUCAGUUAGAAGAAGAGUCGUGGCUCAAUCCUCAGGAAAGAAGCAUGGCCAUACAGAGCCACUGUCUCACAUGGACUCAGUAUGCAUCCAUGAAGGAAGAGUCUGUUUUCCAGGAAAGUGCAGAAAAUCCAAAUUGGACAGAGUUCACUCAAAGAGGCAGGAUUUCAAUCACUGGGGCAGGCUUUUUCAACUGCAUUUUGGAAACUUUUGCCAGCACAUUCUUAAGACAGGGAGCCCAGAAGGGAAUUAGAAUAAUGGAGACACUGCUAAAGGAACAGUGUGGUGCCCCCUUAAUGGAAUAGAGUCAUCAGGGAGCGGAGCUGUGUCUACUUUGGCCCAAGAAUCAUUUCUCACCACAAGACAUUAUAGACAGUUUUCGAAAUACAGAUUUAAUGAUGCAGUGUUGAUGGCUUAAAGAAAAGAAGACCUUCUUGCCAGGACUUGAAUGGACACACUCCCGGGAGGGUCUGCCUCAAAUAGCAGUGUUUGUGGAGAAGAGAACUUAUAGCUGGAUUUUUAUGGCAUAGUCUCUUUAGGAUUUUACAAAUAAAGGAAAACCUCAUAGAAGGUGAUGCCUGCCCUUCUUGAGGAUGUCCUACUGAUUGUCUGGUGAUGGUGGCUGGGAUCCAAGGAGAGUCUGGUAACCCAGAGAGCACUGCAUGCUUGUGCCCUUAUGUUGCUGUAGGAUUCAUAAGGGGAUCCUGGGACAAAUGCAGGCAUUGAACCUGAUACCUGAUUCACAGGUGACCUGUGACAGGCAGGAAUGCACCAGACCUAUAUUGCAGUGAAGCCGUAUUUAUAGUAAUGUUUAAGAUUCUUAAAAAGCAGGAGCAUUUGAUAUCAAUCCAAAACUACUCACUGCCUCAGUGUAGCUUAUAUAAGGACAUGUGUAAACUGUAAUUGGGACCUCCAAGAGAACGUGGAGUGGACAAUGAGGUGGAGUUAUAAUCUUGGCUCCUACUAACUCAUUCUGUUUCUCUGUUUUUCACAGGGAAAAUGGGGAUAAUAAUUAGGCAGAGAUCGUUCUCUCUGUGGGUCAUGGUGAUUAAACAUGUUUAGUGUGAAAAGUACAUGCUUGGGAGUCAGACAGAUAGACAUGGCUUUGAAUCCACACUAACACCUAUUAGCUCAUGGAUCAUGUCCAUAAUUCUAAAUCUUUCUGAAGCCUGUUUUUUAAAUUUGUAAAAUGGGGUGAUAGAAUUAACUUUGUGAAGUUGUACUGAUUGGAGAUCAUGCAAAGUGCCUAACAUGCCAUCUAGUGCAUAGAAGUCCACUAAAAAGGAGCUCUUAUUAUUGUGUGAAACCAUUUCGCAAGUGUACUUUUCAAAUGUAAUGUAAUGUUGUAUUCCUGUUUUAAAUUUUGAUGACAGUAGUUUGCAUUUCUCAUGAUCAGAAGCCAGAGUACAAAUGCAUGCUACCUAAUAGAAUACUUGGAGAGAGCCAAUAAUAUGAAAUUCAUGUGCUUUAGAUAAAAUUUGAGCCAUUACUGGAAAGUCUUGGGAAAAACAAUUCUUUUUUAGUAUUUGAAAAUUUUUCCUCUUCAUUGAUGAAUUUCUAAACAAUUGUACUUUUUUUUUUAUAUACAAGCCUAUCAUGUGAGCCUCUUCUUACAGUAUUGGAGCUGUUUGUGCUGUCUGAGUUUUGUCACUAGGAUAAUUUUUCUUCAUUUCCUUAGUGUUUCAUUGUCCAAUUGUAUUGGAGAGAAAAAUGAAUAGUAGAAACCAGAAUAUACUUUGAUCUCCUAGUUUGUAAAUGGCAUCUGGUAGACUUUUGGAACAAUAGCCCCUUUCCAAAAACAAGAGGUGAUGUGAAUUAUCAUGGAGGUGAAAGGCAAGAAAUUCAUGUUUGGAGGGUGAUACUGGAUUAAGUUUAACUUCUUAUGUUACAGCUUUCUUUCUUUCUGAAAACAGGAAUUCUCAGCCUUGGCUGUCUGUUAGAACUACCUGAGGUGCUUUAUGUAAUAACCCCAGGUUACACCCCAGACCAGUAACUAUUCAGAAUCUCUGGGAGUGGAAUCUGAGCAUCAGUGUUUUUUAAAACACCAGUAAUUCCAGUGGGCAGCUAAGGAUGAAUUCUAGGUGAUUUGCAGAUAUUAUCUGAUGUCUUUUCUUAAUACCUCUGCUGUAGGAAAGGAUCUUUGCAGCAAGAAUUUUUGUUAGAAAUAGAAAGUGGAACACAGAGAGGUUGAAGUUUUGCCUUAAUUCUUUGAAGCUAGGGUGGCUAAUGCAAAUGCCUACAAGGGUUUAACAGGUGAUCUAAUGAGUGAAACAGCUGAGGGGACACUGGGGAGACCCCAGGGGGAUAUGCUAGCUGAGAGGUAAGUAGUGGUGCCCAACUCUAGUAUGUGGUGCUGUGGCUGGUUUUUCUAGUUCUUCCAAUUUCCAAUUUUCCAGAAAAAGACGGAAUAUUUUUCAAAAAGAAAUUUCUCAAUUCUUUUUGUUGGCACUGAAUUCAGACUUGUUUAAAACAUUGUGCUGGCCAAACAAAGCAUGUUUGCCGGUACUUUCCAGCUUCUGCUUCAAGAGUGUUAAGAACCAGCCUAAACAUCUAAGCCAAUUUUUAAUAGAUUUGCAUUUUCCUAUUCUGGAUGUAAGUUGAAAUGCUGCCUCUCCUUCAAGAUUGCUUUUAGAUGUAUUUUCAUCCUCUUUCCCAAACAACCCUCUGAAUUUGCAGUAGACAUUCUUCCUCAUUUAGUAUUCUCCUCCCUGUAGACAUUUAUUUCUUCAAGCUUCGCAUAUAGGGCUAAGAGAUCUUAUGUUCUUUUUAAAAUUAGUUUAUUUUUACUACUGGCCAGAGUGAUAAAACACUUCGAAGCCCACCUUUUAUUUGUUUAUUUUUUUGUUGUAGUCCUGUGAAAGUAAUGUCAAGGCCAGGAGGAUAGUCUUACUGGGUGCAUUAAGGAAAAAGAGUGUCAAAGUGUUAAUUCACAGGCCUGGUCUGUCUGCUCCACACUGGGUUGCUGAGUCUAGGACUUCAAAGUGAUGAUUUACUAAGGUUGGUUCUAGACUUCCACUUGUACCAGAAAUCCCUGAGGAGAUGUGCUAAACUGAGGUUCCUGGGCCUCUGCUGGGUCUACAAUUUAAAACAAGUUUACCAGAAGAUUCAGUUGUGAUGUUCCGUAGACCACAUUUUGAGAAAUAUUGAUUUGGGGAAGGUGUUUUGGUCUCUGCAUCUCUUAUCAUUAAGAAGGUUUUUGCAGUCCGUUGGACCCACUGAUCAGUGGACAGCUGAUCACUCAGGGCACAAUAUAAAAUUUUAUGCAGAGAAACUGACUUCAGCUAUUCCUAUAUGAUUGAAGUGCUUUUACCAUGAAGGGGCUUUUAUGGUUUCAAUCAUAGGAGGAAAAAAAUGGUGCUGUAUUUUUAUAAAAAUUGCCUUGCAUAUUUUAUAAGUAGUGUAUGUGUAAAGUAACAUCCCAUUUAUCAGCAUUUAGGGUAUAUGGACUAGACAACUGUUAUUCUUUUAAGUGAAUGUCUCUUGCUUUAUUUCAACCAUUUACAUGGAAUACUUUCUUAAUUUAGUAGACAUUUCCCUGCUUUUGCUAACAGAACCUAUUGAAGAUAAUGAAAUCUUCUCAGGGUCAUUAUUUAUGUUUUUAAUUCUUUCAGAUCCUAUUAAGGUUUGUUAAAUUCCCACACCAAAUGGUCCCAAAUGGCUCUGCUCUUUGAGUCCCACGAUGGUUUUUAUAGUUUUUCUUUUCCCUCACUGUUAUCUGUCAUUUCUCUCUACCAUUACUCUGGCUGCCUCUAGGAACUUUUCUCUUAGAUGUGGUUGGGAAAUCAUGUAACUGCAUACUAUAUGUCAACUAACAGCAGGAUCUGAGUGAGGCUUUGAAAGGCUUUUCUAAGCUGUAAAAUGAAUGAAUUUGGCUGCAUUGACUUGGUGAUAUUAUCUUAAUGACUCAGCUACCUUCCUCUAACUUAGUUCCUGAUGCUCAACUACAGUUGUAAGACCUGUGAUCUCAGGAUAAGUGAGAUGUUACUACGAAUGAUUUCUCUUGUUCUAUAAGCCAUUGUCUCCCUCAGUCAUACAGGUGUUUUUUAAAUGUACAGUUCUGUAAUGUGAAACUUUAGAUUAAAAUUCAAAUGAACAUUUCUCAGGCCAAGUUUUUGUAUAGGAUAAAGUGUUUUUGAUUCAAUGGUGUUGUGAUUUAGACCUAUAAAUCAGUUAUAUUCCUGUGAAAUCCAAUCUUAUAGUCAUGCUGAAAUAAAGGUGUUACAACUAAUAAUGUGUGAAUUCUUGUGAAUU